AUGAAGCUCAUUACCGUGGCCCUGGUGUGCCUGCUGGUGGCGGGGAUGUGGCCGCAGGAUGCGGACAGCAGGAGCCUGCUGGUGCAGGCCCCCAGAUGCUGCUUCCGGUUUGUGAAGAGAAACAUUCACCCGAGCACUGUCCACUGUUACAGGUUCUCCAGCUCCUCCUGCUCCCACGGGAAAGCAGUCAUAUUCAAGAUGAAAAGAGGCAAAGAGGCAUGUGCUUCCCACACGGAGCGGUGGGUUAACAGUUCGUUAUCUAAGCUAGAAUACUGCAAGUGA